UCUCUGGAGUUCGACCUGACAUCAGCACUUUCUGCAGCGCUGCAGCAGUUUCAACAUUUUUAUCUUUUAUUGAGUCAAAGUGACUGAUCGAGUUUGUACAAAUGAAUCUGUGACACACAGGUCACCACAAUGCAGCUUCCCACACGGUUGCUUGGGACAUGUCUGUGGUUGCUAUGCAUUACUCACGUAUGGACAACGACCUUUAAGCUGGCUCUGAUUGGGCCGUGGUCAUGUGACCCCAUGUUCUCCCGGGCGAUGCCAUCAGCGGCGGCUAACCUGGCGUUGUUACGGUUACGGAGCGACAGUGGUCUUAGCAGAGGUUACUGGUAUGACUUCAAAUUGCUGGAGGAAGACUGCUCCGCUUCUAAAGCGCUCAUAGAACUCGGGGACAUGGAGGGUUAUGGCCACGCCUACAUUGGGCCCUUUAACCCCGCCCUGUGUCAUGCUGCCUCCUUAUUGGCUCAGCACUGGGAGGCAGGGCUUGCCUCUCCAGGCUGUCUGGAUGCUGACUGGCCAAACCUGCCGCCCAUCACUCAGCCCAGCAGAGUCUUGUUCACCGUGCUCAGGUUCUUCCGCUGGGCACACGUCGCUGUCAUCUCAGCUCCGUCGGACCUAUGGGAGAGCACUGGACAGGAAGUGGCUUCAGCGCUCAGAGCUCUGGGCCUGCCGGUCGGUCCGGUGGUUACCAUGGAAACGAAGAACAAAGGUGGACCACGGGAGGCACUCAACGUGAUCAGAGAGGCCGACAAGGUCAAAGUGGUGAUAAUGUGCAUGAGCUCCGUCCUGAUUGGUGGAGAGGAUCAGAGAGAGCUCCUAUUGGCUGCUCUGGACCUGGGGAUGGUUUCCGAUGGCUACGUGUUUAUUCCAUACGACGCCCUGCUGUAUGCCAUGCCUUAUCAGGAAACAGUAUUCCCUCAGCUGACCAACAGCACGAAGCUUCGUCACGCCUACAGCGCUGUUCUGACCAUUACCAUGGCGUCCGAUCAGAAUUUCUACGAAGCUUUUCGCCAGGCUCAACUCAACCGAGAGAUCCGCUCUGCUGUGGCUGCUACUGAGGUGUCUCCUGUCUUUGGGACCAUCUUCAACAUGGUGUACUUUGUUGCUAAGGCGGUGGAGGAGCGUCGUCAGGCAGGGGGCGGGCACUGGGUGACAGGCGAACAGCUCGUCCAAUCAAAUGGAGGCUUUGAUUUCCAGGGUUUCAAUCAGGUGUUAUACGGAGGUAAAGAGGGGCGUGGCCUAGAGGCCAGGUAUGUGGUGUUGGACAGCGAUGGCGACCGACUUGUACCAACGCACUCACUUGCUCCAACACACACCGAUGGGACAGUUGGAGGUCUGAGGCCGAUGGGUCGCUCCUUCUUCUUCCCCGGAGGAAAACCCCCCACUGCCAGCUUCUGUUGGUUCAGUCCAGAGGAGGCCUGCAGGGGAGGUUUGGACACGGUGACGAUGUUCUUUGUCUUCCUGUUGCUCUGCGCUGUGAUUGGAGCUUUCAUCUACCUGAUCAGGAAGUACAAGAGAACAGCGAACAUGACCAAACUCAUUUUGACUCUGGAUGACAUCGUCUUCAUUGACACUCAAGUCAGCAGGAAGAAACUGAAUGAUGAGUCGAUCAUGAGGAGUCUUCUGGAAAUCAAAACUCCGUUCCGCUCGAUUGCUCGAAGUUACAUCCUGACGACACCUGAGAGCUCCAACAUUGGAAUACUGGAGGGAGACUGGGUUUGGCUAAAGAAGAUUCCUGUUGAAAAGACAAUAACAGCUGUCAAUCAAAACACCCAGAGUUUGUUCAGUCAGCUGAGGGACAUGCGACAUGAGAACAUGAACCUGUACGUGGGUUUGUUUCUGGACUCAGGGAUCUUUGCUCUGGUGGUUGAACACUGUCCUCGAGGAAGUCUGGCUGACCUGCUGGCCGACAGUGACAUGAGGCUGGACUGGAUGUUCAAGUCGUCCUUGCUCAUGGACCUCAUCAAGGGGAUGAAGUAUCUUCAUCUACGAGGUUUGAGUCAUGGUCGACUAAAGUCCACAAACUGUUUAGUUGACGGGCGCUUUGUCCUAAAAAUCACAGACUACGGACUUCCCAUGAUCCUUCACUCUCAGAACCUCAGCCUCCCAGAGGACCCACAAGAGCUGCUGUGGACAGCUCCAGAGCUCUUGAGGAAUCCAGUCCGGGGAGGUUCUUUUGCUGGAGACGUCUUCAGUUUCUCCAUCAUCAUACAGGAAGUGAUCUCACGAACCCUGCCGUAUGCCAUGAUGGACAUGCCUGCCCACGAGAUCGUGGAGCGUCUGAAGCAGCCUCCUCCUCUCUGUAGACCUCUGGUUUCAGUGGAUGAAGCUCCUGCUGAGUGUCUCAGUCUGAUGAAUGAAUGUUGGAAUGAAGAUCCGAGUAAGAGGCCGAGCUUUGAUGACAUUUUUAAACAGUUUCGUGGCAUUAACAGAGGAAAGAGAGCAAACAUCAUUGACUCCAUGUUGCGAAUGUUGGAGCAGUACAGUUCGAACCUGGAGGAUCUGAUCAGAGAACGAACAGACGAACUGGAGGUUGAGAGAAACAAGACAGAGAAGCUGGUCGGACAACUCCUGCCAAAGUCCGUGGCUCAGGCUCUGAAGAAAGGGAAGCCAGUCCAACCUGAACAUUAUUCAGACUGCACGCUUUACUUUAGUGACAUCGUUGGAUUUACAACCAUCUCAGCUCUCAGUGAACCCAUUGAGGUGGUCGACCUGCUGAAUGACCUCUACACCAUGUUUGAUGCCAUCAUUGCCACACAUGAUGUUUACAAGGUAGAAACGAUAGGUGAUGCCUACAUGGUGGCUUCAGGUAUUCCCAACAGAAAUGGGAAUCGACACGCAGGUGAAGUGGCCAACAUGUCUCUGGACAUCCUGCACUCGAUAGCAGCUUUUAAGAUCAGACAUAUGCCUGAGAUCAAAGUCAAAAUACGCAUCGGAUUGCACACAGGUGCGGUGGUAGCAGGUGUGGUCGGUCUCACCAUGCCCAGGUAUUGUCUGUUUGGAGACACAGUGACAACGGCCUCACACAUGGAAGCCACCGGACUGCCCUACAGGAUCCACAUCAGUCUGAGCACAGUGAAGGUCCUGACCAGUCUCAAGGCGGGAUACCAUAUAGACACCAGAAAGGCACAGAGUGUCAGCUCAGCCAAAGAGGGCAAAUGGGCUGCCGCUCGGGCAACUUUAGCCCGGCCUUGUGCACACCCUUUCUCCCGGGGAAGUGCAGCAAACCAGUCUGCGACUGCAGCAGAGUUGUGGGAUGACACAUUAUUUCACACAGCAUUGAAGGUGAAGGGAACGAUGGACACGUACUGGCUGACAGGACGAGAUGGUUUCGAUAAACUUCUUCCCGUUCCUCCAGACCUGACCGGAGGGGCCAGUAAUCAUGGGAUCAGUCUGGAUGAGAUUCCAGUUGAAAGGAGACAGAAGUUUCUGGAUCGGCAGAAGAAGAUGAAGAAAUAAUGCUAAGAAACACACACACACACAGACACACCUAUUAAAAUGAAUAAAUGCACACAUGUGCACACACACGUGCACACACACACACACACACACACACACACACACACACACAUACACAGACUACCUCAGGACUGGAAUUUAUUUUUAAGGACAUUUAUUCAGCUGGUGAGAAAGUUUCAGCCAAAACACGUGAAAUCUGAAUGAGGUUCUGAGUGGACAGUGACAUCACUUUGUGUUUGUAGUUGGAGGUCAGUCAGCUCUGAAUGGUCAACAUCCUUUCAUCCAGUGAAUAUUGAACCAGUACAUUUCUGUGCCUCACACGGGUCUACGACACGACUUACAGACAUGAUAGAAUAAUACCUUCAUAAAGUGGUAAGUUUGUAUAAUGAAAAUGAUACCUUUAUAAAAUGAUAAUAAAAAAAUAAAUAAAUAACUAACAAAAUAAUAAUACUGUCUUAAGGAGGUCAAUGUAAGUAAUGACAUUACUGACCCUGUCAUCCAGCUGUGGAUACACAGAGUUCACAAAAAUGUUUUUAUGCUGUAGUCACAUGUCCUAGAGUACUGUGCAUGCAUGCAUGCAUGCAUGCUGGGAAAUACUCCUGACUCCCUUUGUGAGACUGUUAAAGGAUGGAUGAAUGAAUGAAUGAAUGAAUGAAUGA